AAAUAAAACAGGUGACUCGAGGUCAAUAAGUGCACAAAGUGGGCAAAAUACGCGGCACGCCGAUCUACACAAACGCCACAUCACCGCCCGUCUCCGCACAGCCAUAACAGCAAUCGACCGACCCCUUCUUCCCAUUUUCUUCGCCUCCUUUCCCUCGCACUCGAUUUUAUCCAAAACACACUUCAAGAUACAAGCUUGGAAGAAGGCCGGAGCAGAAGAGCAAUCCUCUAGCUACCCGGAUUUUCGUUCCCACAACCCAUUUUCCCUUUCGCCGGAGCAUGAUGACUUGGGAUGGCUUCGACGAUCCUCAACCUCAUCAUCGUCAUGAUCACCAUCAGCCCGACGCCGGCGACGACCACCAGGACGCUUACCUCAAUUUCGAUUUCUUAUCUCUCGUCUCCAAGCCCCAGGACUACUAUAAGAUACUGGAAGUCGACUACGAUGCUUCGGAGGAUGCUAUUCGUGCCAAUUAUAUACGCCUCGCCCUGAAAUGGCAUCCAGAUAAGCAGAAGGACCAGGACGAUGCUACUUCUAGAUUUCAAGAAAUAAAUGAGGCUUACCAAGUUUUAAGCGAUCCGGAAAGGAGGAGAGAGUAUGAUACUGUAGGGAUGUCACAUGUCUACGACUAUAACAUUAUAGUAAGGCUGCUUUUUCUUGACACCGUUUUUCUUCCUGUUAUCCCCAUUGAACUUCAAUGCAUUCAAUUUCUUAUCAAGGUUGUUGGAUGCAGGAGUAUCUUAACCGUUAUAAGGGGCUCAUACUAACAUGUAACGGUCUCGGGAUCAAGCAAUCAAUUUGGUGAUCAGAAAAAUGGUAUGUGGAAACUGCAAUGGACAUCCUGUGCUGUCUUCUUCCAUACCUAAUGCUAUGAGGUAUUGUUUUUUCGGGUGAUCAUUGUGGUGGGCAGAAGGGAGAAAGACUAGCAGUGUUUUGGAUGUACCAAUGUAUCAGGGAAAUGUAAUCCCAUUUGUAUAGAAAAUGCACAAAAUAGUUCACCGUCGUAACUUGGUCAAUAUCAAAGCUCCAGCCUUUUUUUAUAUUCUUUAUUUAUGCAGGGUAGUUUCAUACACCCUCCCAAGUCCCAUUUGCUGCUGCUUCUUUCUAGGUUCAAAGGCCAUGAUGUGGGAACUUACAAAACAUCAAUCUAACUGGAUGCAUUGUUUCUGGAAAUGUUUCUUCGGGCACAUCCAAUAAAUUUGUUUAUGGAGAUUAGGGGUGUGCAACGGUGUCUGGACCGGAUCAAACUUAUGAGAACAGCGUUCCAUUAGUGAAAGACAUCUUAGAAU